AUGGUGUUGUGUGUUGAUGGAUAUGAAAUAAAGGGAUUUGGGUUUCAUUUCAUAUUGAAAGUAGUCGAGAGAAUUGGUAUUGAAGUGCUUCCAUUUGAAGCGUUAAGGGAAGGAAAUGUAGUGGUGGAUGCCUUGAGUAAGAAGGUCGCAAUUGGAGAUAUAGCUGCUUUGUCUUCUGUGUUUGGUCACCAUCUCAAAUUAGAACCUCUAAAUCCUGAGAACAAGUUGAUGUGGAAAAGGGAAAUGAAUUGCCUUCUAUCCGUAUGUGAUUACGUCGUCGAAUUCAUCCCAACCACAUCACAAAAUUUACAUGAUGGAACGGCGGUUGAGGUGAUGGAAAGCAGACCGAGAUCAGACAUUUACAUCAACCUCCCUGCAUUGAGAAAGCUAGACUCGAUGCUUGUGGACAUGUUGGAUAGCUUCCAAGAAACUGAGUUUUGGUAUGCAGAACAAGGAAGUAUGUCAGGUAAUUCAACGCGUACUGGUUCAUUCAGACGGGUCAUUCAUCCUCAGCGUAAAGAGGAAAAGUGGUGGCUUCCCGUGCCUUGUGUUCCGCCUGACGGCCUCUCUGAGAAAUCAAGGAAACACUUGCGAAAAAAGCGCGAUUGCGCGAAUCAAAUUCACAAAGCUGCCAUGGCUAUCAAUGGUACAAUCCUAUGUGAGAUGGAAAUUCCUGACUCAUAUAUGGCAUCACUUCCUAAGAGUGGAAAAGCGAGUUUAGGCGAUACAAUCUACCGAUACAUGUGUGUUGUAGACAAAUUCUCCCCCGAUUAUCUGCUCGACUGUCUGAACAUGAGCUCAGAGCAUGAAGCGCUCGAGCUAGCAGACAGAGUCGAAGAAUCGAUGUAUACAUGGAGGCGUAAAGCAUUCAUGAGCCAUUCAAAAUCGUCAUGGGACAUGGUUAAGGAUUUCAUGUCUGACAUUGAUAGAAGUGACAAAAACCAAGUUUUAGCAGAGAGAGCAGAGGUUUUGUUGUUCUGUUUGAAGCAGAGGUACCCUGAACUUUCACAAACAAGCUUGGAUACAUGCAAGAUUCAAUACAAUAAGGUAAGCAUGUGUAAUUUUUAUGGUUAUUGAUACGUUGAAGUGAUG